AGUUCACUCAACUUGCAGUAAACAUUCAACAUUACAUUUUAAUUUGCGUUGGUUGGUGGUGUGUGUGUGCGUGAAUUCCGUGCAAUUCCAUGUGUGAAUCUCCAAGUUUGAAGUGCCGUGUUAAGGUUUAUGAGAAGUUCAGUGGGACCCAAAUAUUUUAAGUGUCGUGGGCUUAUUAGUGGUGAAAAUGAAGAUGAUUGAUGUUGACCAAGAAUGAGUGCGUAAUAUACGGAAACAGUUCAAGGUCCUGAGUGAGACGGAGUUGGAAAUGUUUUUCAAGCUUUUCUCUGUUUCCGUGGCUGUAUUGUAAUGGUGUAAUCUAUUGGGAAAAUGUGCAUUGAACCCCUUUGAUUUCAAGAAUGGUCCAGGACCAGGUCAUGCAACUCAUGCCAGUAUCACAAGGAUUGUAAAUGGCAUAAACCUCAACCAUGGGGCGUAGUGGGUUGUUGCCGCUUGAACCUACAGAGUGUCUUCUUGAUAGUCCAUAUUUUCGUGAAAAGCUUCAUGCUUAUGAAAAAGAACUGGAAAAUACAAGUACCUUCAUAAAAGGUCUCACAAAAAACAUCAAGGAGCUUCUGGAUGCUGCCAAACAUUUGUCUCAAUGCCAGCAGACCAUUGCCACAAGCCUGGAAAAAUUCCACUUUAGCUAUAUUGGUGGUGCACAAACAGAUGAUGAAAUUGUAAUAAGUGGCUCAUUGAAAGAAUUUGGCAAGCUUAUCCAUCAAAUUGAGGAGGAGCGGCAGCGUGUGCUGGACCAUGGCUACUUACAGAUCAUCGGCGCCCUGGACAACUUCCGACGGCAGCACAUCGGCGGCGCCAGGGAUGGCCGGAAGAAGUUUGAGAAGCAGACGCAGAAGUUCUGCACGGCCCUGGACCGGUACCUGAACCUGUCUGCCAAAAAGCCGGAGGAGCAGACACUCCGAGAGGACGCCCUUCUGGAGCAGGAGCAGCGGCAGUUCGAUCAGGCUAGUCUGGACUACGUGUGUCUCCUUCAGGAAGUGCAACAGCGCAAAAAGUUCGAGUUUGUCGAGACGCUGCUGAGUUUUAUGUAUGGAUGGCUGACGUUUUAUCACCAAGGACAUGAGCUGGCCAAGGACUCUGAGCGCUCUAUGACCGAUCUGCAGGCGCGACUUCAGAAGACCAGAGACGAGUUUGUCGCCACGCGUACGGAGGUCGAGUCUCUGAAGAACCGUACUCUGGAGGUGCGACAAACGAAGUCUCUCGAUGUGGGCAGUAUGGACAAGAUGUACACCAGACAGGGCUACCUGCACCUCUUGGAGAAAAAGGCGUUCGGUACAACGUGGACGAAGCACUACUGCAUGUACGAUAAGAAGUCGAGGAACUUUACUCUGAUCCCGUACAAUCAGAUCACGGGCAAACUGACGUCGACGGACCAGAUGAAGCUGAAGUCGUGUGUGCGGAGGAUGUCCGACACGAUCGACCGGCGGUUCUGCUUUGACGUCACUGCCGAGGAGCGGGACGGACAGGUGUACACGCUGCAGGCGCUGUCAGAGGACGACCGGAGACUCUGGAUGGACGCCAUGGACGGAAAGGAGCCGACAUACGCUCGGUUCGAGCACCUGGAGCGGCGGACAGACCACACCAGUCUGGACAGCAGCGGUCUGUUCUUCGUGAGCAGGUGUCUGGCGCAGCUGGAGGACAGGGGACUGCAGGAUCAGGGCCUCUACCGUGUCGUCGGCGUCAGCUCCAAGGUCAACCGGUUGGUGCAGCUGGGUCUGAGUCGGACCAAGUUUGAACAGGUCGACCUGGCGAGUCCCCAGGAAUGGGAGAACAAGACGCUCACCAGCGCCGUCAAAACGUACCUGCGAAACCUGCCCGAGCCUCUGAUGACGUUCCGGCUACACUCAGAGUUCAUGAACGCAGCUAAGACGGACAAGAAGGAAGUAAGGGUAGCUAAGGUACUCAGUCUAGUCAGUAAAUUACCGAAACUCAACUACCAGCUACUGAAACUUCUGAUACACCAUCUGCAAAAAGUGAGCAACAAGAGUGAGCGGAACCUGAUGUCGAUCAGCAACCUGGCGGUGUGUUUCGGUCCGACGCUGCUGCGGCCGGAGGAGGACACCAUGGCCGCCAUCAUCGACAUCAAGUUCUGCAACACCGUUGUGGAGACGCUCAUCAGAAACUAUGAUGCGAUAUUCUGCGGCGGCGCGGUGGAGGGCGAACAGGAGCCCAACGGCCGCUCGGUGUCCAACGGACCGGCGCCGGCGGCCAGGGAACCGCCCGCCAAGCCGGUCCUCUCAGCCUCCGCUCGGCUGGAGCCGCGCUCAGUGCCGCCGGCGCUGGAGCACGCGGCCCGACCGUCCACCCCGGAGCUGGGCAGGGCCGGCCUGGAGCGUGCUCUGGCCCGCUCGGCGGCCUCCCACCAGCCGCCGGCGGGCGCGCGGCGCGUGGCGAGGUCCUCCUCUCCUGAGGGAGUCCGGCCGGCGCGACUGGCCUCCUCGCCCCCGGACCUGGGCCGGGCGGCGCGCACGGUCCGGCUCGAGGGCCCGGCCGGGGCGAGUCGGCGACACCAGUCCGGGUCGGAUGGCUCCGGCGGCCGACCGCGGUCACAUCAUGUCACCAGCACGCUCGUGACCAGCGACCUGGAGCCGCCUGAGCGGGCCAGUCCCAGUAACCACAGUCUGAGCAGCAGCAACGAGUCACUCUCGUCACGAUCGUCACGAGAUCUCCAGUCGGCAGGACCGUCCACGUCGUCACCUUAUGCACGAGGGAAGCUGCGAGUACGGUGUCCGCCCAGUUACCGGUCCCAGCCAGAUCUGUCGGUGUCUGUACCAGUGAGCUCGUGCGGUCCGUCCGGCUCGGUCGCCCCCAGUCAUCACAAAGUCGGACGGGUUCGAACGCUGUAUGCCUGUGUGGGAGAGAAUGAGUCAGAACUAUCGUUUGAGCCGAACCAAAUCAUCACCAAUGUCCGUCCCUCCCGGGAGCCCGGCUGGCUAGAAGGCACGCUGAAUGGCCAGUUGGGGCUGCUGCCAGACAACUACGUCGAGUUUCUACCGUGAGCGACCGGUGGGCACCUGGCCUGGGCACUGUACUCGCGGGGUGCCCCGCACAGGGCAUUGUGGGACGCCGGGAGCACUCAGUGAGGUCCACCCGUGGGAUCCGCCGGUCGGGACACUCAGAGAUCCGCUGGACCGGACACUCAGAGGUCCGCUAGUCGGGAACUCGGCGGGAUCUCGACCUGACGGACCGAGCAGACAUUCCGAAUAGUACGGCAGCGAACGGGGCAGCGCCGCCCCGCCGCCGCCACACAUGCGAUAUUCCAUGAUAGCGCCGGUGAUAUACAGACACUGGCCCUGUCAAACCCACCGGUGAUUGUGCAGCAUUUAUAUGGGUGCAAUGUGUGUAGUUUACACGCUGAGACUGAUUGUAUGUAAAGCGAAGCAGACACUAUAUUUACGGUAGCUCGUGUUGUGUACAAAUGAACUGUGUGUGCUGCGAAUGAGCUCCGUGCCUUUGCGAGAUGUCCAAUACAUGGGGCCUCCACU